AUGUCGGAUAAGCAUUUUGCACGCUUGUGCACCAUUCAUAAGUGGGACAAUUAUUCAGGCUAUGGGUUCAGCCUGCAAGCGACCAAAGGAAAAAUUGGUCACUACAUAACAGAAGUAGAUCAUAAAUCUCCUGCUUAUGCUGCGGGAUUGCGAGAUGAAGAUUUUGUAGUUGAAGUAAAUGGUAUUAAUGUUGUGGCUGAGCAGCAUCAGAGCGUAGUACAGCGUAUUUUAAAGGAUCCAUUAAAAGUAUCUUUGCUAGUAUUGGAUCCAGAUUCAAAAAGUUACUUUGAAAUGAGUUCAAUUCCGAUGGACAGUUCUAUGAUGAAUGUCAAGAAAAUGAAAUGUCCACCGUCAAACCAAUCUUCAAGUGAUGUUCCUGUAGUUAAUGGACAUAGCAAGUUGUUUUCAGAAGACAAUCAACUAUCGAAUCAAUUAGAAAAUAUGAAACUUGAAAAAAUUGAUGAAAGUACUCUUCGUCCGUCUAGUCAUGCAUCAUCAAUGGUUUCAACUUCGGAAAAUGACAGUUCGGAGGUAAAUAUUCGAAACAUUUCACCAACAAGUAAAAAUGAAAUAAAAAAUGAACGGAACAACAGUGUUUUAUCACCACAAAACACGAAUAUCCCACAGAAAACUAAUAGUGUUGCUAAAUAUGAUGAUAAACAAAAAGUUGAGAGUAAAAGAGAUUCACAGCAAAUCGAUUUGAAAACUUCAGUAUUAACACCGCGUAAACAAAAACGAAUGAGUAAUUCACUCAACUUCACCGCACGUGCAAAGAUAGUUGAUGAGUUGUAA